AAUGCUGAGUCAGCUGCUGAAGUUGAGAAUGGCUGGGACAGUGACAUGUCUGCCAUCUUGCUGCUGCUACAUUUGCUACCACCAUCUGCACAAGGUAGAAAGAGGCCGGGAAAGAUGUCUGCAUAUCAAGCUGUAGAUCAGCUCAUCAGAUUUCAAAAGGUUGGAACCAGUGUGCAGCAGCAUCUUGACAACAUCACCCAAAGCAGUCAGCCCUACCUUCUCGCCCAGGGAUCCACACAGAGCAGCAUUCACUCCUACUUCAUUGUGGUUGACAAGCAUGCUCUUCCAUGCAAGGCAACAGGUUCAGUAGGAGCUUUUGACGAAGUCUUUAAAGCCCAUUACGUAUUUGGAACGUCAUACAGUUCUUCCUUGAGCAGCUUUUUCACUUUUGUGCAAACAACCAUCUAUAACAUCGACAUGGGGGAAACAAAGGAGACUCCUAGAGUUGCUGAGUUGCGAGCAAGAAUGGUGCGUUAGUUGAGAUAAAACUAUGAAGUGUUUUCUUUGUAAAAGUGACCAUGGAAGUCCAAACAACCUUGUUAAGCACCUUAAGAUAAUUCAUGGGCUAUGUACAGGCAGGACUCUUUUUCUGAAAUGUGGUCAAGAAGGAUGCUCACGUUCUUUUGGUAGCUUUUCUGGUUUUAGAAAACAUCUUAACAAGUGCCACGGAGAAAGUUUAGUAGAUUCUAUAGAAGAUGAUCUUUCAGACCCUCAAAGUACCGUCAACACCAGUAAUAUUUCUCAUGUUGAAGUGUCGACUGAAUGUUUAGAGGCUGAGUCAGAGUUAUCUUCGCCAUACAUUGUAAAUAGUUGUGCAGCUGUUAUUUCUGAUCUAAAGGCAGCAGGUGUUGGUCAAAGUACAGUAAAUACUGUAGUGAUUUCCAUGGAAGAGAUUGUUCAAGAUAUUCAUCAGCAUGCUAAAGAAACAGUGAUAAAGCAUGUAUUUAGUAAUGAAAGAGAAACAGAAAUGUGCAAGAAAGUUGAGGCGUGUUUUGAGGGGUUAGAGAAUCCUUUCACAGUUCUAAAUUCGGAAUACAAGCGAUCAAAAUUUAUGACUGCCAAGUGGGAAAUAGUAGAACCAGUUGAAUGUGUGAUUGGUUCAAGAUUUGACACAAGACGAAAUAAAAAGACUGGAACAUAUGAUCAGGUAGUAGUUCAAGAUAAAUUCAUGUAUAUUCCAAUUUUAUCUACACUGCAGUCAAUAUUUAAAAGUCAGUAUUUUGCAGAAAUGUUGCAAAGCUCAGCUACCAGCAACUCUAGACUGAGAGAUAUUUGUGAUGGAUCUUUUUUUAAAAGUCACCCCCUGUUCUCAACUGAGAAGCAGACAAUACAGGUCCAGAUGUUCUAUGAUGAUUUUGAGGUCGCCAACCCAUUGGGUUCCAAGCGAGGUAUUCAUAAAUUGGGUGGAGUAUAUUUUACUUUAAGAAACUUCUCUCCAAAAUGGAAUUAUUUUUUGGCUAACAUACACCUGUGCACCUUAUUUCAUACUCAAGAUGUUAAACGAUAUGGUUUUAGUGACAUUUUUGCUCCCAUUGUUCGAGACAUUAAAGUGUUAGAGAGCGAUGGUAUUGAGAUUCCAUUAUACAGUGGUUAUGUACGUGGCACUGUAGUACAGGUAACAGGUGAUAAUUUGGGUUUGCAUAGUUUGUUUGGUCUGGUGGAGUCUUUCAGUGCAAGGUACUGUUGCAGGUUCUGUUUAUCAGAAAAGGAGGACUUUCAAACAGAAUUCUCUGAAGAUUCUUCCAAAAAUAGUUUAACGCACCAAAGAUAUGCAUACUGCUCACUGUCAAGAAAUGGCUUGUAAUCCAUCCCUUCCGUAUGUUUUUGGUGUGAAAAGGUCAUGCAUAUUAAAUUCAUUGAGGUAUUUUCACACAACUGAGAACUUCUCAGUUGAUGUGAUGCAUGAUGUGUUAGAAGGGGUUGGCCAGUACGAAUUGAAGUUAUUAUUUCUGUAUUUGAAUGAAAAACAUGUUACAUCAGGAGAAAUACAUUCAAGAAUACAAAGUUUUGAUUAUGGUUUCACAGAGAGAAAUAACAGGCCUGUGACUGUUAAUUUAAGUGAAGGAUCUAAUGAUCUGGGACUGAAUGCAAUUCAGUCCUGGUGCUUACUUAGGAAUGUUCCUCUUAUCUUUGGAGAUUUGGUAACUUCUACUGACCAACACUGGGGCCUGCUUCUUUUAUUAUUGCAAAUAAUUAACAUUAUAUUCUCGCCCAUGUUAUCUCAAGGUCUAUGUGUAUAUUUAAAACAUUUGAUUGUUGAUCACCAUACACUGUUUAAGAAGUUGUAUCCUCAGAAAAAACUUUUACCAAAGCACCAUUUUCUUAUCCACUAUCCCCGCUGCAUCCAGAAAAUAGGGCCUGUACUUCAUAGUUGGUGUAUGAGGUAUGAAGGCAAACAUAAUUUUUUUCAAAAAA